AAAAAAAAACCCCUACAUGUAUGUUGUCUGCCUCUCUAUAGAGGUAACAACCCGUGGAAAGAAAUGCUGUUGAGCGGGAGGAAGGUGAAAAAAUAGGUGGGUUUUUUGUUUUUUGUAUGUGUAUGUUUUUUUUUUUCCUCCAAUGCUGCGACGCAUUAACCCUGCUGCUAUUGGGAUGUUCUCUGCUCAGCCUAUUGGCUGAGCCCAGGAGCCGCUGCCUGCCAAUCGGGUGGUGGAAGGCAGACAAAUCUACCCCGCCACCAGCAAAAAACGGCGCGUAACCCUUGCGGCGCCGGCCCAGCCGCGCCAGAGCUGGCGCGGGGAAAGGGAGAUAGGUGUCUCCAGCUGCUGUGGCCAUUUGGGGUGGGUCGGCUUCUUCCGCUUCUCAGGACCGGGUAAAGAACUAGCAGGCGGCAGCAAUGCUCCGCAAGGUGAGAAGCUGGAUAGAAAUCUGCAGGGGGACUACCCUUUUGUUCCUCUGUUGCCACCUGGGUUACGUUUUUGGGCAGAUCCGCUACCCGGUCCCAGAGGAGUCACAGGAAGGGACUUUUGUAGGGAAUGUCGCCCAAGAUUUCCUGCUGGAUACAGAGAGUCUGUCAGCUCGCAGGCUGCAGGUCGCUGGAGAGGUGAACCAAAGACACUUCCGUGUGGAUUUGGACAGCGGAGCCCUGCUCAUCAAGAAUCCAAUCGAUCGAGAGGCACUGUGUGGGCUCAGUGCCAGCUGCAUCGUGCCCCUGGAGUUUGUAACCGAAGGGCCUUUGGAAAUGUACCGAGCAGAGGUAGAAAUCGUGGAUGUGAAUGAUCACGCCCCCCGAUUUCCUCGGCAGCAGCUGGACUUGGAAAUUGGAGAGGCAGCUCCUCCAGGACAGCGUUUCCCCUUGGAAAAGGCUCAGGAUGCAGAUGUGGGGAGCAACUCCAUCAGCAGCUAUAGACUAAGCUCCAAUGAACACUUUGCACUGGAUGUCAAGAAGCGCAGCGACGGCAGCCUGGUCCCAGAGCUGCUCCUGGAGAAACCUUUGGAUCGGGAGAAGCAAUCAGACUACCGCCUGGUGCUGACUGCUGUGGAUGGAGGGAACCCCCCAAGAUCUGGCACCGCAGAACUCCGGGUAUCAGUGCUGGACGUGAACGACAACGCCCCAGCCUUCCAGCAAUCCAGCUACAGGAUAAGUGUGUUGGAGAGUGCACCGGCCGGCAUGCUGCUCAUCCAGCUCAAUGCCUCUGACCCGGACCUGGGUCCCAGUGGUAACGUCACUUUUUCUUUCAGUGGUCACACCCCUGAUCGUGUAAGAAACCUCUUUAGCCUGCACCCCACUACUGGAAAGCUUACCCUUCAGGGGCCCCUAGACUUUGAGAGUGAGAAUUAUUAUGAAUUUGAUGUUCGCGCUCGUGACGGGGGUUCUCCAGCCAUGGAGCAACAUUGCAGCCUUCGGGUGGAUCUCCUGGAUGUAAAUGACAAUGCCCCCCACAUCACGGUGACCUCAGAGCUUGGGACUCUCCCAGAGAGUGCAGAACCUGGCACUGUGGUGGCGCUCAUCAGUGUGCAGGACCCUGACUCAGGGUCAAAUGGAGAUGUGAGUCUCCGUAUUCCUGACCACCUGCCAUUUGCCCUCAAGUCUGCCUUCAGGAACCAGUUCUCCCUGGUGACUGCUGGGCCCUUGGACCGAGAGGCCAGAUCCAGCUAUGACAUCAUGGUCACUGCUUCUGAUGCUGGGAACCCUCCUCUGAGUACCCAGAGGACUAUUUUCCUCAAUAUUUCAGAUGUGAAUGAUAACCCACCUUCUUUCUUCCAGAGAUCACAUGAGGUGUUUGUUCCUGAGAACAAUCGCCCAGGGGACCUGCUUUGCUCCCUUGCAGCCUCUGAUCCAGACUCUGGCUUGAAUGCGCUUAUCUCCUACUCUCUCCUAGAGCCCAGAAAUCGAGAUGUGUCAGCUUCCUCCUUCAUCUCUCUGAACCCCCAGACAGGAGCUGUUCAUGCUACUCGAUCCUUUGACUAUGAGCAAACACAGACACUGCAGUUUGAGGUGCAGGCCCGGGAUCGGGGCAACCCACCCCUUAGUAGCACUGUGACAGUUCGUCUAUUUGUGCUGGACCUCAAUGACAAUGCCCCAGCUGUGCUCCGCCCUAGGGCCCGGCCUGGUUCCUUAUGUCCCCAAGCACUGCCUCCAUCAGUUGGUGCUGGCCACCUAGUCACAAAGGUGACUGCUGUGGACUUGGAUUCAGGUUACAACGCUUGGGUUUCAUAUCAGCUCCUGGAGGCCCCAGAUCCCAGCCUGUUUGCAGUCUCUCGCUAUGCUGGGGAGGUACGGACGGCUGUUCCCAUCCCAGCUGAUCUCCCACCACAGAAGUUGGUCAUUGUGGUAAAGGAUAGUGGUAGCCCACCACUCUCUACCUCCGUUACUCUCCUAGUGUCCUUGGAGGAAGACACUCAUCCAGUUGUUCCUGAUCUUCGAGAAUCUUCAGCUCCAAGGGAAGGAGAAUCCCGCCUGACCCUCUACUUGGCUGUAUCACUAGUGGCAAUUUGCUUUGUCUCCUUUGGCUCAUUCGUGGCACUGCUCUCUAAGUGUCUGCGUGGGGCUGCCUGUGGAGUGACCUGCCUUCCUGCUGGCACCUGUGCCUGUCUCACCCGAUCUCGAAGGAGGGAGGGGCUUCCUCCUUCCAAUGGGAUCCUCCGAAUCCAGCUAGGGUCAGAUGAUCCUAUCAAGUUUGUUGAUGUGGGUGGCCACUCUCAUGGCUGUACACCCUUGGCUUCUGCACCCACUCGGAGCGAUAGCUUCAUGAUGGUGAAGUCACCCAGUGCACCUAUGGCAGGGGAGCCUGUUCGCCCAAGCUGCCCACCCUCUGAUCUUCUCUAUGGGCUAGAGGUGAGACCUUUACAGGCUCAGCCAAUGCCUGAGGGUUAUUCUGAUCCAGGCAUAUGGCUGGGCCAUGUCCCAGAGAGUACUAGCCUCUCUGUAAGAGCCUGUAGUGAUGUCACCAUUUUUGUGAGUGGUAACUAUGUGGUAGAUGCUGUGCUUUAG